AUGACAUCCAAGACCCAGACAAACCCCACAGAGCAGCCGCCGCCCGCACAGUCCGACAACAGGAGCGGAAACGCAGCUCAUGAACAUGCAUCACUCAAAUACUCUCUACUGGGGCCUUCACUAACAAAGGCCGGUCAAGACUCGAUCUCCGAGAUUAUUUACAAUGCUUCCAAGGGCUCCAAGUUCUUCAAUCACGAGGAAGCGAGGGACAAGUCUCUCACGGCCAAGAUCGAAGCUCUCAUGGCUAAAAAGCGCCGCCUCGAGACGCUGGAUCUCUCUCGCGAGCUCCGGGCAGCCGACAACCUGCUUGCCCAGCUUGAGCUCACCCGCGACCUGACGCAGCACAUUGUGCACGUCGACUGCGACGCCUUUUACGCCGCCGUGGAACAGCUGGACCGGCCUGAGCUGAAAGACCUCCCGUUUGCCGUGGGCGGCGGUGUCCUGACCACAUGUAACUACGUCGCCCGUCGUUUCGGAUGCCGCAGCGGCAUGGCCGCCUUCGUGGCCAAGAAACUUUGCCCGGACUUGAUUCUCCUCCCGCUCAACUUUGACAAGUACAACGCUAAAGCAGCCGAGGUACGGGAGGUGCUGGCCGACUAUGACCCGCGGUUCGAGAGCGCCAGCAUCGACGAGGCAUAUCUCAAUAUCACCGAGUACUGUGCCGAGCAUGAUGACAUGGACCCCGCCGAAGUCGUGGAGCAGAUGAGGAGGGAGAUACACGAGAAGACCCAAAUCACCGUCUCGGCAGGCAUCGCGGCCAACGCGCGGCUCGCCAAGAUCUGCUCCAACAUGAACAAGCCUAACGGGCAAUUCGUCUUGCCUCGCGAGCGCACCACAAUCAUGGCCUUCAUGCGCGACCUCCCUUGCCGCAAUGUGAACGGCGUUGGGCGUGUGCUGGAGCGCGAGCUGGCAGCGGUGGGCGUCAAGACCUGCGGCGACAUCUACCCGCAGCGGCAGUAUCUGGAACAGCUAUUCGGCCAGAAGACGCACGAGUUCCUCCUUCGCUGCUACCUGGGCCUGGGAAGGACCGAUGUGCAGCCAGCCGAGGAGUACGAACGCAAGAGCGUCGGCACCGAGAGCACGUUCCGCGACAUGGACGACCCGGGUCAGCUGCGCGAGAAGCUCAGGCGCACCGCGGAGGAACUCGAGGCGGAUAUGAGGAGGGCCGAGUGCAAGGGGCGCACGCUCUGUCUGAAGGUUAAGCUGCACACCUUUGAGGUGCUGACCCGUCAGGUCGUGCCGCCCAGGGCCUUGUACAGGGCGGAUGACCUGUACAACUACUCGCUGCCCAUGCUAGCGAAGCUGGAGCAAGAGAUUCCCGGCAUGAAACUGCGGUUGAUGGGGCUGCGGUGUACACAUCUUGUGAGCACUAAAAAGCCGGAUGCGAGGGCCUUCUUCGGGCUGAGGCCACGGAGGUCUGAAUCCGUCGAGUCGGCAGAGAACAGUACCGGCAGCAGGGGAAUAGGAGUCGGUGGUGAAGGCGAAUCCGAACAGCAACCUCGAACGAAUACGGGUGUCGAGCACAAUCCGAGGAAGGCUGAUGAGGAUUCAGGACUGGUCAGCUCCAGCCGGAGACAUGGAAAGGAGAUAGUGUCUAACCCCACAAGAGAGCAGCCUGCGGCAGCCGAGGAAGAACUGUGGGACUGCCCCGUGUGUGGCCUGCCGCAGCCCGCAGAUGAGAGGCUGUUCAAUGAGCACAUCGAUCUGUGCCUGUCACGCCGAGCCAUCCGAGACACGGUCCAGCAGGACGCUGCAGCGCAGCAAACGCAGCACGUUGAGAAACCCACGCCCGAUGCGAGGAAGCCGAAGGAAAGAGAAAGGAAAAGAGGACGACCGCCAUCGGCAGCAGACCCAAGGCAGAAGAAGCUUUGUUUUGGAUAG